ACGAAAGGAGCGGGGGAAAACAGCAAGGAGCGGAGGACCGGAAGUAGACGGGGGAAAACGAAUGGAGCGGAGGAAAAGAAAAGAGCGGAGGACCGGAAGUAGAUGGGCGGGGAAAACGGAAGUCGCGUGGACGGGGCUGGGUAAAGCGGUGCGGACGACCGGAAGUCGACCGCCGGGGGAACCGGAAGUGAGGGGACGGUGCGCGGACGCCGGGUUGCCUUAGCAACGGGGCCUAGUCCGGGCGGACGGAGCCUGAAGAUGGAGGGGAGCGAGCGCAGCGAAGCGAGUGCCAAGUGGUUGGAUGCUCAUUAUGACCCCGUGGCUAACCUCUAUACAUUCUCCUCUUGUGUGGCUCUGGCAGACUUGCAUGGAGACGGAGAGAAUAAGCUGAUUGUCGGGGACCUGGGAACAGGUCAGUCCAACAUGAAGUUGAAGGUGUACAAGGGCACCACCAUGCUGUCAGAGAACACUCUGAUUGACCUGCCGACAGGAGUGGUCGCUUUCCUGAUGGACACCAAUGAGCCCAGGACCCCAGCCGUGGCUGUAGCCUCCGGCCCUUACAUCUACAUUUACAAGAACCUCCGCCCGUACUUCAAAUUCACCCUGCCACCUCUGGAGGUGAACCCGCUCGAGCAGGAUAUAUGGCACCAGGUGAAAGAGGACAAGAUUGACCACCUGACCCUGAAGGAAAUGCUGGAGAGUUUUCGGGACAAGGGGGACAUGCCGCUAUCUGCAAGAUCUCUGAGGUACCUGAUGUUGGAGCCCCAUGAGAUGGAGGCCUUUGUCAAUGUCCACAAGAUGCAGACCAUCAAACGUCAGACAGUGAUAACCUGCAUGGCCACCCUCAACAAGAACAUGGCGGACGAUGAUGCGGUGGGCUGCCUGGUGAUUGGCACCGAAAACAUGGAGGUGUGCAUCCUGGAUCCUGAGGCCUUUACCGUCCAGGCAAAGCUGAAUCUCCCCAGUGUCGCUGUGUUUAUGGAUGUCACCGGACAGUUUGAUGUGGAGUUCAGGAUCAUUGUCGCUUGUCGGAAUGGAAAUAUCUACAUAAUUCGCAGAGAUUCGAAACGGCCCAAGCAGUGUGUCGAGCUGAAUUCGCAGCCUGUUGGCCUCGUGCGACUGAACAGAAGCAUUGUGGUGGGCUGUGGGAAGGAGAUGCUGCAUGCGUACACUCAGAAGGGGAAGAAAUUGUGGACAAUCCGGCUCCCAGCUCCGAUCACAACCAUGAGUCUGAUGGAUCACAAAGCCAAGGGCUUCCAGGCAGUGUUGGUGGCUCUGGCGAACUCCGAGGUUCAUCUCUACAAGGAUAAAAUCCUCAUCAACGUCACUAAGACACAGGGAGCCUCCAAUGAAGCAAUGUUAUUCUACUCCGUUUGGAAUUCAUACUGUCCGAUCCAUUAUGGGGGUGGGCUCAUCAUUAAGAUCCUGAAGAGAACCGCCGUGUUCGAGGACAAAGACACCAGCCCUGGGCCUCCCCUGGCACAGAGCAUUAAACUGAGCAUCCCAAAGAAAACCAAGCUGUACGUGGAUCAGACGCUGAGGGAACGAGAGAACGCUGUGGCUAUGCACCGGGCCUUUCAGAUGGAUUUGUACCGUCUACGUCUCAGGGCAGCACGGGAAUAUGCCAAGGCUCUCGAAGCUAGCAUGGCGCCAGUCUCUGCUGACCUCCAGGAGCCUCUGAAGAUGAAUGCGGUGGUGCAGGGGAUUGGGCCGGUGUUUAAGCUGACCCUGAACGUACAGAACACAUCGGCCACCAGACCAGCAAUCAACCUGUAUGUCAGUUUCCUGUACGAUGAGCACCUCUACUCUGUCAAGAGAGCUUUCUUUAAGGUUCCGAUGCUGGUGCCUGGCUUGACGUAUCCCAUCGUGACUUUUGUAGAGAGUCUGAGUGACAGGGGAGCCUCGGACACCAUUAAGGUGUUUGUCCUUGCCACGGGCCGGCGUGCUCCCAUCCUGACUGCCCACAUCCAUAUGCCUGUCAGCGAGGGACCAGUGCUGGCAUGAUGGUCGACCCCUGUGGAGCGGGCUCACAGCCUCUGGACUGACUGGAUUAGCUCUCGUAGACCCAUAGUUAUACCUGCUGCUCCCCAUUGACCAGCUGGAGAUUUCAGCCUUCAUCACAGUCUAUCACAGGAAGGAAGAAAGAUCCCGCCACCCAAUGUCGGAGGGUUAGCGCUGAGGGAGCGCCGCACCGUCGGAGGGUCAGUGCUGAGGGAACGCCACUCUGUCGGAGGGUCAGCGCCGACGGAGCGGGCACUGUCGGAGGGUCAGCGCCUACGGAGCGGGCACUGUCGGAGGGUCAGCGCCGAGGGAGCGGGCACUGUCGGAGGGUCAGCGCUGAGGGAGCGCCACUCUGUCGGAGGGUCAGCGCCUAUGGAGCGGGCACUGUCGGAGGGUCAGCGCCGAGGGAGCGGGCACUGUCGGAGGGUCAGCGCCUACGGAGCGGGCACUGUCGGAGGGUCAGCGCUGAGCGUCCUGACUGUGUGAGCUACCCAUUAGCUUGGUGUAGAUUAAAUAGAGAAUGCAGUGCUUGUUUAAGGGUGUGAAGAAAUGUCGAAUGUAUCUGAGAAUAAACCUGAUUUUUGGAAUAAA